AAACCCAAAGAAAAGGGUCGUGUAGCGGCAUUGCACGCUUUGAUGGAACAUGUCGUCGUCGGCCAAUCAGAAGCUCGAUAUCGGUCAGCGGGCACCGCCCAUUGCUCGUCGAUCGACCCCCUCACGACGGCUUCCUGCUGACCUGUGGUCCCCCGAAACACAUUCUCCCGCACGUACGCACGCAUCCCUAUCCCGUACUUUUUUUUGACAGGUCCUAUCCAGUACUUACGUUAUACGCAUUGCACCCGGCGCAAUUAACCUCCCGUUUGUACCAAACAAAAACACUUCCCCUUUGCGCGAGCUUCUAAAGAAAUCACAUUCGAUCCGUUCCUUCAAAAGCCUCCUAUCAUACUCUAACAAUCUUGUCCAGUGAUCCAGUCCACCGCCGGCGCCUCAGUCUGCCAGGGAGAUCGACUUACGGCGAUGGCUCGCGGCCAGACCACCGAGAUCACAGUACUUCUCCUCCUUUUCGGGCUGCUCUUCUUAUCGGCCACGCGCGCAUCUCUGGCGCAACAACAACAAAGCAACGGCAGCAGCACGAGCACGAGCACGAGCCCGAGCCACGGCGGCAGGACCGCCGGCGGGUUCACGCCGACGACCGUGGUGGUGCUCGUGGUGCUCAUCUCCGCCUUCGUCCUCCUCACCCUCUUCUCCAUCUACAUCAACCGCUGCGCCGCCCACCGCCCGCGCCGCGCCUUCGCCGCCCCUCGUCCUCGGGUCGCGGCGGCGGCAUCCUUCGACGCCGCCACGCAGUACUCCGCGGGCCGCCCCCGCGGCCUCGACAGGGAGCUCGUGGAGGCCUUCCCCACGGCCGUCUACGGCGACGUCAAGUCCCGCAUGGCGACCAACAAGUCGGGCCCGCUCGAGUGCGCCGUCUGCCUCGCCGAGUUCGACGACGCCGACGAGCUCCGGAUCCUCCCGGCCUGCUGCCACGUGUUCCACCCGGGCUGCAUCGACCCCUGGCUCGCAGCCGCCGUCACCUGCCCGCUCUGCCGCGCCGACCUCACAGUCACUGACCCCCCCGCCGCCGACCUCACGACAGAUCCGGAGAUACCGAUGGUCCAGGAAGAGGAGGAGGAGUGCGCGGCGGCGCCAUCGCCGGUUUCGAGCUCCUUCAUGCCGGAGUCCGAGACCUGCUACAGCACGACGUGGAGGCACGAGUUCACGGGCGCGGAGGGCGCCGAGUGCUGCUACCGGUACCGGAGGACGCUGUCGGCCAUGGACGCCGCGCCGGACCGGCACACGCUCCGGCUGCCCGACCACGUCAUGAAGGAGCUCGCGGCCGUCCGGAGGCACCGCCGGGCGGCCAGCCUCGCCGAGUACACGAACGCCGCGGCCGCGGAGAGGACGACGCCCGGGUGGCUCGCGUCCUUCUUGCGGUCCAUGUCGCGGCAGCGGCAGCAGAGCAGGGCCGACUCUGGCUCGGACUACGCCGCCGGGGAGGAACAACAACAACAACAACACGGCGGCAGCAAACAGAUUUAUCCCGUGGCCGGAGAAAAACCCGGGGGGUCUGGGUCCGGUGGGGGGGACGAGAAGAAGUGCUCCGACGUUGACGCGUUAAACCGGGUUUGAUCUUUUCGUUCUUGUAUGUAACCUUCGUCUCGGUUCCUUAUGCAUGAUGCACCGGUAAGGUACAAACAAGUAUAAACACCAUGACGAAUAGAAAAUUUUUGGGGCCUGAUUGGGAUUGGCGUUGUCUCGCCCGGCAUUCCAUGACUCGUAAUCCCUUACCAUGCACCUGGACCUGGUGCAUGCAUGUGAUUUUCGGAUAUGCGUUACAGCGUCUCGAAUUAAUUCUGCCAUUAAUUUA